GCGUCAGUCCCCCGCCUCCAGAUCCGUGUCCAGCUACUAGGUCUCUCCCAGCUGCGGUGCGGUUGUCAUUUCCGGAGAAAAAUGGCUACAGUGCGAGUCCUGAGGACCUGGGGCCGGAGUGCUGGGCGGCUGAUUUGUGUUCGCUAUUUUCAAGCAUGUAGUAGUGGUCAUCUUUUGAAGCCAAAAUGUGUGUGUUUGUUGGGUUACCCUUCCUUCAAGUAUAGUCAUCCACAUCACUUGCUGAAAACAGUUGCUGCUCUGCAUGGACAGGUUGUUCAAUUCAAACUCUCAGACAUCGGAGAAGGAAUCAAAGAAGUAACUGUUAAAGAAUGGUAUGUAAAAGAAGGAGAUACAGUGUCUCAGUUUGAUAGCAUCUGUGAAGUUCAGAGUGAUAAAGCUUCUGUUACCAUCAGUAGUCGUUAUGAUGGAGUCAUUAAAAAGCUCUAUUAUAAUCUAGAUGAUGUUGCCUAUGUGGGGAAGCCAUUAGUAGACAUAGAGACCGAAGCUUUAAAAGAUUCAGAAGAAGAUGUUGUUGAAACUCCUGCAGUAUCCCAUGAUGAACACACACACCAAGAGAUAAAGGGCCAAAAAACACUAGCAACUCCUGCAGUCCGUCGCCUGGCUAUGGAAAACAAUAUUAAACUGAGUGAAGUUGUUGGCUCAGGAAAAGAUGGAAGAAUACUUAAAGAAGAUAUUCUCAACUAUUUGGAAAACCAGACAGGAGCCAUAUUACCUCCUUCACCAAAAGCUGAAGUUAUAUCACCUCCACCAAAGCCAAAAGACAGGACUGUUCCCAUGUCAAUAUCAAAGCCUCCAGUAUUCAUAGGCAAAGACAAAACAGAACCUGUAACAGGCUUUCAAAAAGCAAUGGUCAAGACCAUGUCUGCAGCUCUGAAGAUACCUCACUUUGGGUAUUGUGAUGAGCUUGAUCUUACUGAACUGCUUAAGCUACGAGAAGAAUUAAAACCUAUUGCUUUGGCUCGUGGAAUUAAACUAACCUUCAUGCCUUUUUUCAUAAAGGCUGCUUCUUUGGGAUUACUACAGUUUCCAAUCCUCAAUUCUUCAGUGGAUGAAAACUGCCAGACUAUAACAUACAAGGCUUCUCAUAACAUUGGGAUAGCAAUGGAUACGAAGCAGGGGUUGAUCGUCCCCAAUGUGAAAAAUGUUCAGAUCUGCUCUGUAUUUGAGAUUGCCACUGAAUUGAACCGCCUCCAGGAUCUGGGUUCUUCGGGUCAGCUCAGCACCAUUGACCUUACCGGGGGAACAUUUACUCUUUCCAACAUUGGAUCGAUUGGUGGUACUUAUGCCAAAGCAGUGAUAUUGCCACCUGAAGUAGCAAUUGGGGCCCUUGGAUCAAUCCAGGUCCUUCCUCGAUUUAACCAGAAAGGAGAAGUAUAUAAAGCACAGAUAAUGAAUGUGAGCUGGUCAGCUGACCACAGGAUUAUUGAUGGAGCUACAAUGGCACGCUUCUCUAAUUUGUGGAAAUCCUACCUAGAAAACCCAGCUUUUAUGCUUCUAGAUCUGAAAUGAAGAUUAAUAAGAUAUUCUUGAACUUUCUGAAUUUCCAAAGAGUAUGUAAAACCUAGCUGUGGUGCACAUAUUCUUAUAUGUUGUGUUGUAAAUUAUGUGUAUUAUAUAACUAAGGUUCUAAGGCACAGUAUUUAUCACUAUUCUGUUAGACUUUUUAGAGAAAAUGAACAAUGGUGGAACAGUUCUCCUGGGACUGUCACAUUUCAUAACUCAGAGUGUGACUUCUUAACAUGGUGCUUUGGUCUUGGUGUAGAUAGAUUGAAACUGGCAAGAAAACAAAGUUACUGUUACUAAAAAUCAGCCAUAUACCUAUAGCUUUUCUUUCUCUUCCUCACUUCCUUCCUUCCUCCCUCUCUUUCUUCCUUCCUUCCUUCUUUUCCCUUUUUUAAAAACUAAUCUUUAGUAAAACUUUUAUAAUUUAAUGAGAAAAAGGAAUUUUUUUUGAGACAGGGUAUGUAGCCCAGGCUGGCCUUGAGUUCACUACAUAGCCCAGGCUGCCCUCAGACUCAAAAGAAUCCUUGUGCCUCAGCCUCCUGAGUGCAGGGAUUACAGACAUGUGCCACCACACCAAUCUGGGAAAAGGAAUUUAUAUACAAAAAUAUUUUCCUUUUCCCUACAGUCAUGUUAAUUGUUGUAUAAAAUAAGUGCAAUUAUACUUAUCUGUUAAGAUACCCAAGGAGUAUACUCUUGCUCCUUUUAGAGACUGUGCUCUAUAAAUGUCUCAUUUAAAUAAAUUUAUGUCUUUUAAAAGGGAAAAUUGUUCUUAAUUAUAAUGUUAUAACCAGUAAGGGUAUUAAAAGUAUAUGUUUAAAAUAGAUAUACUUUUAGAAUUUUGGUAAUGCUUUGGCAUUUUCUUGAGAAAAACUUCACCUUUGGAAACUUCAUGUGGGGAAAAGUAUUUUAAAUGCAGCAGUUACUGACUAUUUUAAAGUCAAACUUGCUUUAAUUUUCUUGACCUUUUGCUAAAAAUAGGAUAAGGAAAGGACUAAGAGUUUAUUUUAUUCUCCAUAGUCUGAAUAAGAACAUGAAUAAAAAAGAGAGAAAUGUCUAAUGGGUAAUUAUGGACAAAAAUUAAAUAAUAAAUUUUAUACAGAAAUGAAGGCUUUAUGUUUGUCUUUUUUUUUAAAGAUCACUGUAAUCAGAAACAGCAUUAUGUUGAAUUUAACCUGGCAUUUAAUUUUGAAUUCAGAUAUCUGAGUUGCUUCUAAUAUUGUCCUAUUUAAUAUGAUAUGACACAAUUAGUUGUCAAUGUUCUGUGAGUUUUUUGUUUUUUGGUUUUUUGGGGGGUUUUUUUGGUAGCAGGGAUCGAACUUGGGUCCUUGCGCUUAGAGGCAAGUGGCAGAACCACUGAGCUAAAUCCCUGGCCCUGUUUUGUGAGUUUUAAAACAAGGUCAUUUUGCUGUCUACUUGAUUAUUUUCUGAAACAAUUUUCAAAUCAAAGUAAUACAUGGUGUUAUUUUAAGAUUUCAGAUUAUAUGAAGAGUUACAAAGUAGCCCCCAUAAUCAUACCACUAUUAAUAUUUUGAUGUAUGUAUCUGUAAACAUAUUCUUUUUAUAAAAAUGGGAUCAUGUAUAACUACUGUUUUAUAAUUUGAUUUUUUAAAAUUUAUCAUUAUAUUAUGGGUAACUUUUAUGUCAAUAAACAAUUUCACUGACUUUGUAAUA